AUGGAGAAGGCCAUGAGGAAGAGGAAGAUGGCCUGGGAGCCCCAGGCAGGGAAGGAGCUGAGCAUGGAGACCAGGGAGGACAAAUCCCUGCAGCAGAACCUCGUGGAAAAGGCCAUUUUGAGUGGCUCCACAGCACAGGAAUCCAACGAGGAGGAAAAGACACGAAGAUCCCUCACGAGGAGGGGCUGCAAACGCAGAUCACGGGGAUCUGAGGAGGAAAGACCCACCCUGUGCCAGGGUGAUGGCUGGAGCUCGGAGCUGGGGGUCCAUGAGCAGCUUUAGGAUUGCGAGAAGCCCCACAAGUGCUCGGAAUGUGGGAAGAGCUACAGAAAGAGAUCCCACCUGACUGACCAUUGGAUAAUCCACACUGGGGAAUGGCCCUACGAGUGUCUUGAGUGUGGGAUGAGCUACCUGACUGUCCACCAGAGAAGCCACACUGGGGAGAGGCCUUACGAGUGUGAUAAAUGCAGGAAGAGGUUUCAGACCAGCUCCAGUCUGCUCCAGCACGAAUGCAUUCACACAGAUGAGAGGCCCUUCCACUGCUCUGACUGUGGGAAGGGCUUCAGGAACAACUCCUCUCUCAUCAGGCACCGGUGCAUCCACACUGGGGAGAGGCCUUACAAGUGUGAUGAAUGCUGGAAGAGGUUUCAUACCAGCUCUGAUCUCCUGCACCUGCGGAUUCACACAGAGGAGAGGCCCUUCUGCUGUCCCGACUGCAGGAUGGAGUUCAAACACAACUCCCAUCUUGUCCCGCACCGGCGCAUCCACACU